AUGGGACCUAAUUACAUUUUUGCCUUGUUUCUCAGACUUUUACAAGUUUCUGGAUUGUUAGAGUUUUCUAACGAUGCUGUUUUGAAGGAAGAACACCAAGAAAAUGUCAGAUUGCAUGAAGAUGAGACAGAAGUGGCUGCAAAAACAGUCGCUUUGGUUGAAUCUGCAAAUAACAUUGAUUAUGGUGACAGUAAUGACAGUACUUCUAUAUUAGUUCUGGCACAAAAUAAUGGGACCGAAGACAGAUUCCUUAGUUUCGAAACGGGGCUUGAAAACAAUGUUGAAAACUAUACAUUAAACUCUGAAACCGGAUUGUUAGAGCCCCCUCCACUUCAAACUGGAAGAGAAGAACAACCUAAUGACGAUGUUGUAAACUAUGUAUUGAACCCAGAAACCGGAUUGUUAGAGCCAGAUCAACUUCAAACUGGAAGAGAAGUAUUACAUCAUCUUAUUAACCCUGUGACUGGAGUUUUAGAAGAAGUUAAAGAUGUACAGGAAAAUGAAAGUGCCAAUGAUUUAAAAAUCGGAAAAAAGAGGAAACGAAACCCUACAAAGUGGGAGAAAAACAAAAAAAUUAAGAACAAUUUGAAGAAUAAUGAAAUGCGGCCCAUUCCAAACUGCAGGUGCAAAUAUUCCAAUCUUACCAUUGCCUUGUUACACCGUAAAUUUUUGACUGAUUAUCCAGAAAAUCCUAUAACCUACGAAACAUUUAGAGAAGAGUUCAAUACUGAUUACUGUGACAGCUUCAGACAGCCUCGUAAAGACAUUUGCCAUACUUGCGAAAAACUGAAAGUCAAUAUAGAUGCUGCAGAAGCCAAUAAUAACGAAGAAGAAAAAACAAGAUUGCAGAAAGAAAAAGAAUUGCACUUGAGAAAGGCAGAAGUAUUUUUGGAAAGAUUGACCAAUGCUGAAAAAGAAAAAGAUGCAAUGAAAUUGGCACUCUGUAUUGAUUUUCAGAAAACCUUACCGUUACCCGUGACAAAUGUGGGUGACGAAUAUUAUUUACGCCAGUUGUGGAUGCAUAACUUUGGGAUCCACAAUUUAACUGAUAAUACACCUACUAUGUAUUUGUACACCGAAAACUAUGCCUUAAAAGGGCCAAACAAAGUAAUUUCAGCAUUAUCAGAUUUUAUCGCUACAAAUAAAAAGCCUCCUCAAACAAAACUUGAAAUAUAUAGUGAUAACUGUUACUGGUAA